AUGCAUCACGGAGAUUACACUUCAACUCCACACUAUCAAUUCAACCAAAACCCAGACCUAAUCUCUAAUCCAACAUCCCACCCCAACCCUACCGCCGAUCCACUCUCAAAUCCUUACGCUUCAUCCGCACCUCCCUUCAGCGCCGGUUAUGCCCCUUACCCUCCAUCCUAUCCCGAACCUCCCUCCCCAACCUACACUCCACCUUCUUACUCCUUCAAUCCCUCAAUCCAACCCUCACAUCAACCUUAUUAUCCUACCUACGAUCAUCAUCACGCGGCUCCAUUUUACCCUCCUCCACCUCCCUCUCUUCCUCCCAACCCUAAUCCCAAUCCUCCCUACUCCGCUCCUGCGUACGGCUUUGACGACUACGGUUCCCGCUCCGAUUAUCGGAACGAUGGCGUUUACGGAGACGGAGUGUUUCCGUACGAAGGCGGAAAAGCGGAGCCGUACGGAGCGCGGGGCUCGGCGCCAACAUCGGCUUCCACUUGGUCCAGUUUCGAUGACUUCGGGAGAGCGAUUGGUGGCGCUCCGUCUGCGACGAGCAAGGUAGUGAAAGCGGUGCCGAAGGUGGAUUCUGGAGAAGAUGCGAAUAGGGGAGUGCAGAAGUUUCGAGUGAAGCUGUUGGCGGAAAGUGGUGGCCAGAGCACUAUGGAUGUGCUCUGUCAGAUCGGUUUGGAUGGAAUUCGUAUGCUGGAUCCAACUACUAGUCGAACAUUGAGAAUAUAUCCACUUGAGAACAUAACAAGAUGUGAUAAAUUCGAUUCAUCUACCUUUGCAUUUUGGUCAAAGAGCUCGGUGGAUAUUGAGUCAAGGCGAAUAAGACUGCAAUCCAAUAGUUAUACGACCAACACACUUUUGGAUACAGUAACUGCUGCUACCAUACAGUUCAAGGAAAUGGGUGGAAGCAGGAGACCUGCUGAAUCAUUGAGAACAAAUGAACAGUCUACAGAGAAAAAAAGAGGAUUUGGUGAUUGGAUGAAUUUGAUUAAACCUCCCGAUGAAGAGAAGGAUCAUUGGGUCCCAGACGAAGCAGUCUCAAAAUGUACAGCAUGUGGAGUAGAUUUUGGUGCCUUUGUUCGUAGGCAUCACUGUAGGAACUGUGGGGAUAUCUUUUGUGAUAAAUGCACACGUGGUAGAAGUGCUCUUACAUCUGAUGAGAAUGCUCAACCAGUACGAGUUUGUGAUCGAUGCAUGACUGUAGUGACUUCAAGGCUGAGCAAUGCUAAGGGGUCAUCAAGUAAACCUGUGUUGCAGAGUCAUGAGGAUCUUGCUAAGAAACUUCAGGAUGAGCUAGAAAGGAAUAAAAGGAUAUCAGGCUCUAAGUCUGAUGGAUCUGGAAGACGAAUGAAAGAAGUUGCAUGCCCUAUUUGCACUGUCCAUCUUCAGGUUGAAUGUCCAGGUACCAAGCUCGGGUUCAGAGACAAUCGAGUGUGGAGUUUGUCAACACGCAUUUCUUGUGAGUUCUCGUUGAGUUUAGAUGACACAGAUACAAGGGUAUCUAAGAGUUUGUGA